AUGUCCAAAGAGGCGGAACCAUUCGACGACAGUUCUGAAGAUCAUGUACUCUUUGCUUUGGAUGCGGGAGUUAUGGACAUAACGCUGGCGGAUAUCGAGGUGGCUGCGGAAGCUGAUGACGAGUUGAAGCAAGUGGCAGAGGCUCUGGUAGAUGAUACAUGGCCAACUGAAUUGAGAAAAUACGAAUCCCAAAAGAAACAUUUGCAUAGCAUCGGAUCAAUGAUUUGCAAGGAUGAAAAAAUUGUCCUUCCCAGCUCAUUGCGGAGAAGAGCGAUGGAAUCGGCACAUGGCGGACAUAUAGGCGAAGUUGCCAUGAAAAGGAUCAUGCGAGAGUUUUUUUGGUGGCCACGCAUGGCAUCAGAAACAGAGCGGUUCGUCAAAGAGUGUCAAACUUGCUGUAUGUUGUCCCGUAAAAAUGCUCCGGUGCCUAUCUCUUCUCGUGAUCUUCCCGAUGGACCUUGGGAUAUAAUCCAAAUGGAUUUUCUCUCCAUUCCGGGCUAUGGUUCCGGAGAUUUCCUAACGGUGGUAGAUACUUACUCUCGCUAUCUUUCGGUUGUGGAGAUGAGGCGAAAAACCGCAGAGGCUACUAACGCGGCACUGUGUGGUAUCUUCAAGACGUGGGGCUGUCCUCGCGUUUUGCAGAGCGACAAUGGGCCACCAUUCAGCAGCACAACUUUUUGCUCAUUCUGGGAAAAUAAAGGCGUAGCGGUUCGAAAGUCGAUUCCUUUGAGCCCACAAUCAAAUGGGCUCAUAGAACGACAGAAUCAAUCUUUGAUUAAAGCGGUAUCUGCUUCCACAAUAGACGGAUCGAAUUGGCGUUACAGCUUGGAGCAAUUUGUACAUAGUCAUAAUACGCUGAUCCCACACGCAAGGCUGAGGGUUACCCCAUUCGAGCUACUGGUGGGGUUUAAAUAUCGCGGCCAAUUCCCGAGUCUUUGGAACGAAUGGAACCCUAAGGAAUUGGAUCGUGAAAGUAUUCGUGAGUUGGACGCUGAAGCAAAGCUGUACAGCAAACACUAUGCCGAUUCGGCACGAGGAGCAAAGGAGAGUAACAUCAAGGUGGGAGAUGUUGUACUAAUAAGUCAACAGAAGAAAAGUAAAAGUGACCCGACAUUUUCCGCUGAGCGAUUCACGGUAAUUACUCGAACCGGCGCAAAAGUAGUUAUUAUGAGCAGCAACGGAGUGCAAUAUGCGAGGAAUGUGCAGGACGUGAAGUUGGCCCCACCGGUAGAAGAUAUCGACGAUUCGCAGAAAGGGACUAGAGUGUCGGUAUGCGAGAGGGAUUUAGGUCCAGACAGCGAACGAACGGCUUGGUCACGAGGUGAAUGGAUGGGCAACGACGCAAAAGACUUGGAGAGGCGCGAAAGUAGACGGCCGUUCGGCUCAAGAGUUCGGUUGGAUGACGAUGGGAAAAUUUGA